AUGUCUGCUACCACUCUCGCCAAUUCCUUCUCCACAGGAAAUGCUACAACAGCAAUCAUUAUCCCAGGAAAACAACCUCUCACAAUCACAUAUAAACAACUCUCCGCUGAAAUAUACUCAUUUCAAAAGAAGCUCGCCAAGCUCGGUGUCACACCACAAGCUGCAGUAUCCAUUGCUCUACCAAACACCUAUGAAUUUAUAGUCGCAUUCUUGGCGGCAUCAUGGCAAAGAGGAAUCGCUGCACCUUUGAACUCCUCAUACAAGCAGGAGGAAUUUGAGUUCUAUAUUGACGAUUUGAGUUCUGCAGUUGCUCUUGUGCCUAAAGAUUCGUUUCAGAAAGAUGGACCUGCUGUGAGGGCAGCGAGGAAAUAUAAUGCUGCUAUUGCAGAAUGUUACUGGAACGGCAGGGAGGUUGUAUUGGAUGUUAAAGAUGAGGGGAAGCUAAAGGGGAAAGGGAAUCAAAAGGUUGAACAGGCACAACCGGAUGAUGUUGCUUUGGUUCUACAUACCAGCGGAACGACAGGAAGACCAAAGGCUGUGCCAUUGACACACAGGAACCUCACCAGAACUAUGAAGAACAUCCAGACCACGUACAAGCUUACUCCCGCGGAUCGCACCAUGCUCGUCAUGCCUCUAUUCCACGUCCAUGGACUUUUAGCAGGUUUUCUAGCUCCCUUGAUGUCUGGUGGUUCCGUCAUUGUGCCUCUCAAAUUCUCCGCCUCCGAGUUCUGGAGCGAUUUCAUUACGCACAAAGCCAACUGGUAUACCGCUGUUCCAACCAUCCAUCAAAUUCUCUUGAAGAAUCCACCACCUACAACUAAACCCAACAUUCGAUUCAUUCGAUCAUGUUCAUCCCCCCUUUCCCCAACCAUCUUCCACGCAUUAGAAGAAACAUAUAACGCUCCUGUCCUCGAGGCCUACGCCAUGACAGAAGCCGCUCACCAAAUGACUUCCAAUCGCCUCCCACCCGGAAAACGUCAACCUGGUUCCGUAGGAGUAGGCCAAGGUGUCGAAGUACGAAUUCUCGACGGUGAGGGCAAAGAAGUCCCCAUUGGUUCCGAAGGAGAAAUUUCCAUCCGCGGCGAGAACGUUACAAAAGGCUAUCUCAAUAACGACAAGGCUAACAAGGAAUCCUUCACCCAAGACGGCUUUUUCAGGACAGGUGAUCAAGGGAAAAUGGAUGAAGAUAGAUAUGUUUUCAUCACCGGGCGCAUCAAGGAACUCAUCAACAAAGGAGGCGAGAAAAUUUCUCCAAUCGAACUAGACAAUGUUCUGGCACGUCAUCCUGCCGUUUCCGAAGCAGUAUGCUUUGCUAUCCCUGACGAAAUGUAUGGUCAAGAUGUCGGUGUUGCCAUUGUGUUGAAGCCGGAUCACAAAUUGACUGCGUCGGAGUUGAAGAAAUGGGUUGCGGAUAAAGUGGCUAAGUUUAAGGUGCCUAAACAGGUAUACUUUACAAAUGACAUGCCAAAGACAGCUACGGGAAAGAUCCAAAGGAGAAUAGUGGCAGAUACUAUGCUCAAGCAACCUAAGGCUAAAUUGUAG